AUGCAGACCUUUGUAAAUGUUUUUUUGGGAUUUUUUAUCUUCAAGUCUGUUGUAGCUGCCCCUAUCAGUGAUACCAUAAUUUAUGAUUCUGAGUUCUAUGACAUACCACUUGGAGAGCUGCCUCAUCCUUUUGCCCAUGAUGAAAACAAGCAGUCUGACCAAGUAGAGACAGAUAUUGGGACAAAACUACUGUCUGUAAUUCAAGAGAGUUAUUCUUCUGCACCAUUGACAGAAGAAACUGAGGAUGAAGCAUCAACACCAAAAUUAAUUGAUGGAUCUUCAGCACAGGGGUCAGGGGUUCUUGGACCCCAGACUCAAGAUGGUCUUCCCACUUGCCUUUUGUGUACAUGCCUAGGGACCACAGUCUACUGUGAUGAUCGUGAGCUUCAUGCUGUUCCACCAUUGCCUAGGAAAACCACCUAUUUUUAUUCCCGCUAUAACAGAAUCAAGAAGAUCAGCAGAAAUGACUUUGCUAACUUAAACCAUUUGAAGAGGAUUGAUUUGACUGCAAACUUCAUAUCAGAUAUCCACAAGGAUGCCUUCCGAAGAUUGCCCCAACUUCGGGAGUUGGUGCUCCGUGACAAUAGGAUAAGGCAACUCCCUGAGUUACCAUCUUCCUUAACAUUCAUUGAUGUUAGCAAGAACAGGCUUGGUCGCAGAGGGAUACCAAAUGAGGCAUUUAAAAAUCUGGAUGAACUGAAGCAUCUUUAUAUCACUGACAAUAACUUGGAUCACAUUCCAUUGCCACUCCCUGAAAGCCUCCAAGCUCUUCAUCUUCAGAACAACAACAUUCAAGAGAUGCAUGAAGAUACCUUCUGCAAAAGGAGGGAUUUUACUUAUGUGCGUAGGGCUCUUGAAGACAUCAGGCUGGAUGGCAAUCCCAUCAACCUGAGCAAAACACCUUAUGCUUACAUGUGUCUACCCCGUUUGCCAGUUGGUAACCUCAUCUAAGCUACAUCAACCUAGAUGAAUUUUUACAAACAUCAUUUAUUCAGGAAAUAUUUCUGUUAAUAUUGGAAUUUAUUUUACUGAAAUACCGAGAAGAUUAUGAAAUGCUAAAAGACAA